AUGCACUGCCAGGCGCAGGCCCGGGCCAAGGCAAGCAGGAGGCGCUACAAGACCUUUAUGAUCGACGAGAUCCUCUCCAAGGAGACCUGCGAUUACUUCGAGAAACUUUCCCUCUACUCCGUCUGUCCGUCCCUCCUGGUCAGGCCAAAGCCGCUGCACUCCUGUGCCGGGUCCCCUUCUCUGAGGACCUACCCUCUCAUCUCCGUCAUCACCAGGCAGCCCUCCGUGGUCCCUCACCUUGUCCCAGCUGCCACCAGCUCCCGUGUGCUGCCAGCCCAGCCCUCCUCAGGCACUGGGAGCUCGGAGACCCCAGCCAGCGAGACCCACGGCAGCAGCGAGUCGGAGGCCGAGCAGCCGGCACCUCGGCUGAAAAAGCCGCGCCGCAGCAGGACCAUCUUCACCGAGCUCCAGCUGAUGGGCUUGGAGAAGAAAUUCCAGAAGCAGAAGUAUCUCUCUACCCCUGACAGGCUCGACCUAGCCCAGUCAUUGGGGCUGACUCAGCUGCAGGUGAAGACCUGGUACCAGAACCGUCGGAUGAAGUGGAAGAAAAUGGUGUUGAAGGGUGGCCAGGAAGCUCCAACAAAGCCCAAAGGCCGUCCAAAGAAAAACUCCAUUCCCACCUCAGAGGAAAUCGAAGCAGAAGAGAAAAUGAACAGCCAGGCUCGGAGUCAGGAGCUGGAGGGAUCUCAGACUCCUGAGGAACCUAAAGUGACAGAGGAGAAGCCAGAAGUCCCUUUGGAGACAGAGAAGUCUCCAGAACAUAUAGCAGAGCCCUGCCCAGAGGAAACCACGCCAUUGAGUUAA